AUGGAAUCCACUCAUCAACAUCACAACUCUUCUUCAAAGCAGCAACAACAGCAAUUCAAUUCUUGGCCUUCCCAUCAACAAUUCUUCCACCAUCACCAUCCUCACCGUCAUCAUCAAGGUUUCAACUUUAAUCUUAACCAAGAUAACUACUGUGGACAAGAACAGGAGGGGCAAGAUGAGGCAGAUGCCCCUCCUGGCACCAGCCAAGAACGGGAAGCCGAGGUUGAGAAAGAACCCAUGUUUGAGAAGCCCUUAACUUCGCGAGACGUGGGGAAGCUCAACCGUCUGGUGAUACCCAAACACAACGCGGAGAAAUACUUUCCACUCGGCGGCGGUGGCGACGCAGGGGACAAAGGGUUGUUACAGUUUAAGGAUGAGUCCGGGAAGUGCUGGAGUUUUCGAUACUCGUAUUGGAACAGUAGCCAGAGCUAUGUGUUGACGAAAGGGUGGAGCCGAUACGUCAAGGAGAAGAGAUUAGAUGCCGGCGAUAUAAUUCUUUUCCAGCGCAACAGGACCGAUGGCCAAAGGUUGUUUAUAGGGUGGAGACGACGCGGCGCUACGGUGGCCCCGGAUUCUACUAGCGGCAGUGGUAGUGGUGGUGGUGGUGGUAGCGGCGGUGGCGGUGGGUGGAGCAUAGGGUUGUAUUCAGGCUCACCACAUCCUUAUCCUCCUGCUCAACCCCAUGGAAUUACUGUGCCACACCAACCUGACUUUCUUCAUGCAGGGUUUGUGGUGGAGAACCCAGUUGGAAAUUCGAAGACUUUAAGGCUAUUUGGGGUGAACAUGGAGUGCCAGCUCGGUGUGUAUCGACCCUCGAUGAUUCGUCGAUGUCUAGCCAUGGUCAAGCCUGCGGUUACAGCCAGCAGCAGCAGUUUAAUUACUCUCAGGCAUAUUCUUCAAACCGUCACAAUCAGAUGGUAG